AUGCAGGCCGAUUAUGGUGGAUCUACUAUUGCUUUUGACAAGAUGACUGAUAUUUUAGACAUCCCUGAAAACUCCGGUGUUGGAGGGUUAACAAUUCCGGUCAAAGACAGAGUUCUGUUCAGGCCGCCGGCGGCGGCCGGGAGGAAAUCACAACGAUCCGAUGCCUCAUUGAAGAAGAAGAUGAUGAACCCACCAAAACAAAAAGUUGUUGCUUCCGUUUUGGCAUCAUCUUUGAAUGACGAAGAAGAAAUUAUGCCAUCAAAUGAGUCUGAUGAUGAAGUUUCAAACAAUGUGAAAAGGGUUCAACGGAAUUUCACCAUUCGGAACAACAACCACCGUGAGAAUGCAAGUAUUCAUCAUGAUUCGUCAUACCCAGAUGGAAAUUAUAGUCAAUCUUCAGUGUCACGUGAUUCUGAUGAUCAUCGCCGGAAAUCCUCCCAAGGUCAUGAUCAGAGGGAGUAUACUGAUAGAUACAGAGGAAGUAAAAGAAGAAGAAGACAUGAAGAGUUUAGAUCGGAAUUGAAGGAUAGCAGACAUCAUAUUCAACCCUCCAAUUCUCCUUGGGACUCAAUUGCUCCUCUAACAACUCCGAUACGAGCAUCAGGAUCAUCCACAUUCUUCUCGUCGUCAUCGAGUUAUCACAGUAGAAGAAAAUCCACCAGUGGCCCUUCACAGUUGGUUGAAAAUGGGAAAAAAGAUGUCACGAGUGACAAUAAAAAUGUGGAGAUAUCGGAAAGUAUGAGAUUAGGGAUGGAGUACAUUCCUGAUCGUUCCUGGUAUGAUUGGGAGGAAGACGGUGGCGCUGCUUCAAUUUUUGUUGAUGAUUCCGGUUAUUUCCUAGCUGCAGAGGAAUCUUUCAAGAAAACAGAGUUUUUGGAGAAGAAUAAAAGAUUUGAUAGGAGAGAUGGAAGCAAGAUGACACUUGCUCAGAGCAAAAAAUCUUCACAACGUUUCGUGGAUAAUGCUCGUUGGGAAGAUGAGCAACUGAAGAGAUCUGGAAUUGUUAAGAGUACCGAAUUGCAGACUGAAUUCGACGAUGAAGAAGAGAGGAAAUAUGUUCUGCUUGUUCAUGAUGUAAAGCCUCCUUUUCUUGAUGGGAGUAUUGUUUUCUCAAAGCAAGCUGAACCACUUUUGCCAAUCAAAAAUCCUACAUCAGAUAUGGCCGUUAUAUCGCGAAAAGGAUCUACGUUAGUUUGCGAAGUUCAUGAAAAGCAAAGCUUGAAUAAAUCGAGGGAGCGGUUUUGGGAGCUUGCUGGUUCAAAACUUGGUGACAUUUUGGGUGUUGAAAAGACAGCAGAACAGAUUGAUGCAGAUACAGCAGUAGUUGGGAAAGAAUGUGAAGUCGAUUUCAAAGAAGACGCGAGGUUCGCGCAGCACAUGGGGAAGGGGGAAGCAGUGAGUGAGUUUUCGAGAUCCAAAACAAUUGCGCAGCAAAGGGAGUAUUUGCCUAUCUUUUCUGUUCGUGACGAGUUGCUUCAGGUGAUUCGCGAGAAUCAGGUUGUUGUGGUUGUUGGAGAAACCGGUUCUGGAAAGACUACUCAACUAACACAGUAUCUGCAUGAGGAUGGAUACACUGUAAAUGGCAGCAUUGUUGGAUGUACACAGCCAAGACGUGUAGCAGCUGCGAGUGUUGCGAAAAGAGUCAGCGAAGAAAUGGAAACCGAGCUUGGUGAUAAAGUUGGAUACGCGAUUCGCUUUGAAGAUGUGACUGGUCCAAAUACUGUGAUUAAGUACAUGACUGAUGGUGUGCUUCUUCGAGAGACACUGAGGGAUUCUGAUCUCGAAAAAUAUCGUGUUGUUGUGAUGGAUGAAGCUCAUGAGAGAUCACUAAGUACUGAUGUACUGUUCGGGAUCCUUAAGAAAGUUCUUGCGCGACGCCUUGAUUUUAAGCUUAUUGUGACAUCGGCUACUCUCAAUGCUGGUAAAUUUUCAGACUUUUUUGGGUGUGCACCGGUAUUUGAUAUCCCGGGGAGGACUUUUCCUGUACAAACAUUGUAUAGUAAGUUCCCCUGUGAAGAUUAUGUUGAAGCUGCAGUCAAACAGGCUAUGACUAUUCACAUCACAACUGACCAGCCAGGGGACAUUCUCAUUUUCAUGACUGGUCAAGAUGAUGUUGAAGCAACAUGUUAUGUGCUCGCAGAACGAAUGGAACAGCUUAUUGCUUCAUCAAAGAGAGCCGUUCGAAAGCUGUUGAUUCUUCCAAUGUACUCACAGUUGCCAGCAGACUUACAAGCCAAAAUAUUCGAGAAAGCUGAAGAAGGGACGCGGAAGUGCAUUGUUGCUACCAACAUUGCAGAGACUUCUUUGACUGUGGAUGGGAUACAUUAUGUCAUAGACACCGGCUAUGGUAAGAUAAAGGUUUACAACCCUCGUAUGGGUAUGGAUGCGCUGCAAGUCUUCCCUGUUAGUCGUGCUGCUGCUGACCAACGUAAAGGGCGUGCUGGUAGAACUGGUCCAGGCUUUUGUUAUCGACUUUAUACAGAUAGCGCUUAUCAAAAUGAAAUGUUGCCUAGUCCUUUGCCAGAGAUUCAGAGGACUAAUCUCAGCAAUGUUGUAUUGUUGCUCAAGUCUCUGAAAAUUAAAUACCUGUUGGAUUUUGAUUUUAUGGAUCCGCCUCCACAAGACAAUAUUCUUAACUCCCUGCAUCAGUUGUGGGUUUUAGGCGCGCUGGAUAAUGUGGGUGACCUCACUGAUCUUGGAAGGAAAAUGGUGGAGUUCCCGUUAGAUCCUCCACUCGCGAAGAUGAUGUUGGUUGGUGAAGAACUUGGAUGCAUAAAUGAGGUUCUGACCAUUGUGUCUAUGCUUUCUGUGCCAUCAGUUUUCUUUAGACCUAAAGACCGGGAAGAGGAGAGUGACGCAGCCAGGGAAAAGUUUUUCGUUCCUGAAUCUGAUCACCUCACUCUUCUCAAUGUCUACAAGCAGUGGGAAGCGAAUCAUUAUCGAGGCGACUGGUGCAAUGACCAUUUUCUGCUAGUCAAGGGGUUACGCAAGGCAAGAGAAGUAAGAUCACAACUUUUGGACAUUCUGAAGACGCUGAGAAUCCCUCCUACUUCUUGUGGUCCUGAUUGGGACGUCGUAAGGAAGGCAAUCUGUUCAGCUUACUUCCACAAUGCAGCAAAGCAAAAGGGAGUUGGGGAAUAUGUCAACUUGAGAAAUGGGAUGCCAUGCCACUUGCCUUCAAGUAGUUCUCUUUAUGGUUCAGGUUACACACCGGAUUAUAUAGUUUAUCAUGAGCUAGUUUUGACAACAAAGGAAUACAUGCGCAAUGCUACAGCUGUAGAGCCUCAGUGGUUGGCCGAGUUUGGACGUAUGUUUUUCUACAUCAAGGAUUCUGAUACAUCAAUGUUGGAACAUAAAAAGAGACAGAAGGAAGAGAAAACGGCUAUGGAAGAAGAGAUGGAUAAGUUGCGUUCGGAUCAAGCAGAGGAAGAAAGAAACAACAACGAAAGAGAGAGGACGAAGAGAGCUCAGAAACAGCGAAAGGUUGCAGGAGUGAAACAGGGGUCUUCCAGCACUUAUCUACGGCCUAAGACGCUUGAUCCAUAUGUCUAA